UCAGUCGUCAGGUGAAGACAUGGAGAUUUCCGAUGAUGAGAUGCCUGGCACACCGAUCGCUAGCGGGGACUGUGCCAAAAACAUUGUGGUCAACUCUGCGAUGUCUCCGAUGCAGACCAUUCCCAUGCCCCCACCAGGGUUCCCCCCACUGCCCCAUCCACAGGCUGGCUUCCCACUGCCGCUGCAUCCUCUUCCAACUGUACCACACCUGGCUGGCCCCCAUCCGAUGCUACACCCAUUGCACCCUUAUCCCCCUGGCAUGAUGCCCAUUAUGCAGAUGGACCUGAUGAGCUCCUUACCACAGUGGGGCAGCGUUCACAUGUCCUUCCAGAUGCAAACUCAGAUGUUAAGUCGCAUGGCGCAGAGCCAGCGGCCGUACCCUUACCCUCACUUCAUCAGCGGGGCUGCUGCAAGUGCCGGUGCUGCUGCCGCCGCAGCCAUGCAGUUUGGCAGCCCGUAUCUGCCUCUUUCCAUGGUUGGUGAACCUGCAGGCACUGUGGGUCACGGGCAACCCUGGCCCCUACCCAACAUGCCCAAGUUCAACCCUGCUGUUCCCCCUCCAGGCUAUGAGCCCCAAAAGGAAGACCCACACAAAGCCACUGUGGAUGGAGUUCUUAUGGUUAUCGUCAAGGAGCUGAAGGCCAUCAUGAAAAGAGAUCUCAACCGAAAGAUGGUGGAGGUGGUGGCUUUCAGGGCAUUUGAUGAGUGGUGGGACAAACAGGAGCGUUCGGCUAAGGCUACGCUUACACCUGUGAAGACAGGUGAGGGCAAAGAUGAGGAAAAAGAACGGGCCAAACCCAAAGAGACUAUAUCCUCUAGCUUACUGGUAAACUGGACCAAGGUGGAGGGUCUGGGCUUCGAGGGAAUGGGACUCAGCAUAGGCCUGCACGGUGCCAUCCGAUUACCAUCCUUCAAGGUUAAGAGGAAACAGCCCCCUGAGCCAACAUCUACCAAUGACAAUAAGAGGGUGCGACCAUCCACACCUGUCGACGAUGAGCUGGAAGAUGAAGAGUCAGAAAGAACAGAUCUUCGCACAGAUGGUUCCAGAACAGAUGGUGGUGGUUCUUCUGCCAAGCGAAGACCAGCCAGACCUCUGGAGCUGGACAGCGAAGGCGAGGAGGAGGAGGAAACCUCUGGCAAAGAGGAGUCAUCGCUUUCAGACCAUGAAGAGGAGCCAGUGGAAGAUGCCUCUGAGAGGUUGUCCUCUGGCAUGGUGAGCACCUAUCCACACGCUGGUAUCCCUCGGACUCCGGGUAGAGAUCUUACUUUCACCCCAGCUUUCCCUGACUCUGCUGCUUUAUCUGCAGGCCUUCCCAUGCACAGGAAGGCCUCGUCUGAGAGCUUGGAGGAGAAGUCUCUCUUUAAAGAGCCUCUACUCAGCGCCUCUCCCCAGGCCAGCCUACAGCCUAACAAUGCAGGUUCUUCCCCAUUCCCUGGUCCUCCCCUUCCUGCUGCUUCACAUCAGGAACCACCUCUGCCUCCCCAAGGCUCCUCUCCCUCUUCUGUUGAGACUUCCUCUCCUGCUGCUCCAAAAGACCUUCCUGUUCCAAUGAUAGAUGUUCCUGUGCCCUUAGAUACUACUCCAAGCAAGAGGAAACCAGGACGCCCCAAGUCUAAAAAG